CUUCUUAACAUAGCCAGGAUUGGCUCCCUUGAAAUCGUGCUCAAUUCAGCAAGGAUAAUCGUUAACAAUCACUAAACACUCGAAACCUAUUCAUCAUUAUUGUGUUAUCAAGACCGCAUCUCUUGGCGCGUAUCUCUCACUUUCAUCAUUGCAAAACGCCGCUCCAUCUUUCGAUUUUGACAUCAUCUCUUCCAGUCAUAACACAAUUAGCCCAACGGUAACACUUGCAUUCAGCUUGUGCACGUCUAUUCCACUCGUUCAUCUUCCAUCAUCCCCCAAAGGGCUUACUGUGAAAGUAUGACCCAAUCAAAUUCGGCAGAUGGCGAGAAGGAUAAGAUAAAAGCAAGUUUGAAAUCAUGGUGCCGUUCAAUGCUGUUUUUGGUGAACCUUUGCGAAAAUCUCUCAAAUAUGCAAGCGUGGCAAUCUCCAUGGCUGGGGAAGACGGAAAACAAUACGUAUGGGGAUAUGUGCCCAUCAUUGUUGCAAAAACAGGUCUGUUCCUGAAAGAGAAUGCGACAGAGGUCGAAGGUGUAUUCAGAAUCGCAGGAUCGCAAAAGCGGAUGAGAGAAUUGCAAGAAAUCUUUGAUACCGCACCUCGUUAUGGCAAACAUCUAACAUGGGAUAAUUACAGCGUUCAUGAUUGUGCGAGCGUGCUCAGAAGAUACCUGAAUCAGAUGCCAGAGCCAAUCGUUCCUUUGGAUCUGUACAACGAGUUUCGAAAUGUCAUGUCGCGUAAGCCAGUGGACGAUGCAGCUGCUAUCAAGACAUACAGGCUAUUAACGGAAUCUAUGCCACCCGCGAAUCGAUAUCUGCUUUUGUAUGUUUUGGAUCUUUUGGCUGUGUUUGCCCGAAAGAGCGAUAUCAACUUGAUGCCGGCGAGCAAUCUGGCAGUCAUCUUUCAACCGGGCAUUUUUUCUCAUCCAUCUCAUCUAACUGAUGCAAACGAACACAAGCUUGCGGUGGAAGUACUGCAAUUCCUGAUCGAACAUCAGGAUCACUUCGUUCUGGCAGUCUCUCCACCAGCACCGACGAAUAUCGAAUCAGCAGAUUUGACCAGUGUAUCAAGGCCCGCCGAGCCUUUGGCGCCAGAUGUUGCCGAAUUGAGCGAUAGUGAUGAGGAGUUUGGCGAAUUGAUAGUUCAUGAAGGAGGUGGUGCUAAAUUGGCAAGGAGAUCGACCACGAAUGAGAGCAAAUCAAAGAGGCGAGGCUUGUUUAGUCGAUCACGAAAGACGCCAACACCUCCUGAAGUAUCAAAGCGACCGGCAACGGCUGAUGCUCAACCAGAACCUAUUGCAGAGACAGGCAAAAGCAAAGCACGCGAACCGCCAUCACCUAAAGGCGAGAUUCAUGAAGUUGGAAUACGUAGUGGAACGAAGAAAGAAGAUACCCCGUUGCCUACAAAAGUUGGCGUAAGAAGAAGUAAAACAGUUCCAAGUCGUAAAGCCAAAGAGCAAAAUGGUCAAAGAAGCGUUUCGGCUAGCAAGGCAAGCCCAACGACUGCAAUCACCACUUCUGCACCUGCUGAAGAACUUACAACACAUACCGAAGAGACUACGAAUCCUCCUGUUGAGACACAAACUUCACCACCAACCACCACCAAAUCCGACAUUCCCGCCAUUGAACCUGAUCUUCCCACUCCACCCAAUUCGAAACAUUUGGACAAUCCGGUUACCGCACAAACAUCAUGAAAAAAUGGACUUUUCUCCCCGCUUUCUUAAAAAUUUUCCACAACUUUGGUAAAGGUACAAAAACACGCAAUCACGACAUACCAUAUACCCUUCGUCAUUGUCAUUCGUCUUUUCUUUUCAUCGUCAUGGUUUUCUUUGUUUUCUCUCUUUCUCAUCCAUUUCUCUUUUUUUUCAGAUUGUAUCGAAAUUAUCAAUUUCGUUUAUACAAUUUCAUGCUGGUAAUAGUAGUAAAAAUACAAAAAAG